UUCGAUCCUUGAACAUCUCUUCCAUCGUUCUUCGGGUCAGCCAACAUGUCCACUCCAACCAGCAACAAGCGCGUCCGCUUACAUUGGGAUCCCGAGUCUUAUCCUUCCUCUGAACGGCUCAAGGCGGAGCUGAACCACGACUACGCUCACAAAAUUCCCUACCACCUCGUCUCUGCUCCCUUGACUCCCUCAACGUCCACCGUUGCCUGCUCCUCUUCUCCUCGACGUGCUCAACAUUCUCUUUCAUCUUCAUCUCCUACGCGUAAAUCCAAUGCGUCUCUCACUGCACCACAUCAGUUGAACCUCGACUUGGGCAAGACUUUUAUUUUUGGUCGACACCAUGUCCGAGACGCGUCCAGGCCCAAGCCCAGCAUUACCAUCGAGUCUGCCGUACCCCGCAAACUCAACCACCUCGUUGCUAAUCCUUCAAACAAUGUCGAGUCUAUUAUCCUCUCUCGAGAGGCUCACCACGCGUCACGCGUCCAUGCGCUUGUUGAACUCAUUUUGCCAUUGUCGCAAACUAGGGAAAAAGUGAUGCGUAUCAUUGCCAUUGGUCAGAAUGGUAUGCGCGUGCGCCUUCCCCAGCAAGCCUUUACCGCUGGUCCCAAAAAUAAGAGCACGAAGAAGGGCGUCAGACUUGUGCAAGGACAGAGGUAUGAUGUUCCUGUGCGCGCAGGGGACCAGGUUGAGCUCGAUUUCUAUGGUGACAAGGCGGUUAUCGCUAUGCUCGUAGACCGUGCCCAAUCUCCUGAAAAGUCGCCUUUGAACCAAAUUCUUUUCCCCUCCAGCCCUGUAAGCCGACCUGCGCUCUCAAGCUCUAUGCCUCCUUCAAGUCCUCCCAUUAUUCGUGACGAGCUCGAAGACGAGGAAGACAAACCGCCCAGGCAAGCGGGGUCUGAUGAAGAGGAUGAGCAUCCAUUUGCCCAGCACUUGGCUUCUCCUUCACGAUCUCCCUUGUUUGCUGCUCAGUCUUGUCUUGAUAUCGAUGCUCAAUCUGCUCGCUCUCGCGAGUCUUCACCCCUCUCACCCAUUUCCAACCAUUCUGCCUUGUCCGAUGCUGAGCCAGAGCCAGAGGUGGAGGCUUCCUUCCGCGCAUCUGCAUUACCCGCCCGACCUUCUUCUCCUAUCCACCCUUCAUCCCCUUCAUAUGACCGCGACUCGGAACCUGAUGAUAUCCAAGUCAAAACCGAACGUCUCGAAAACCUGCCCCUGUCCCGUUCACAUUCUCGCAAGUCUACUCCUGCACGCGCUGGUUCAACUGCUGCAACUGCUGCACCUACUGUGCCGACCGCAGAAAUAAAGGGACCUCCAGCGGAUGUCGAUCGACCAGCUGUCAUUGCUUCCACUGUUGUGUUCUCCGGAUCUUCUAAAUUGAGUUUGCCAGACCUGGUCAAGCACAUGCUCGAGGCUCAACCUCAUCUGAAGGCUCACGGAGAUGAAGACAUGUGGGCCAUCUGGGUCGGAGAGGAAUUGGAAUCAAAUCCUAUGUUUGGAAAAGUCGAGCGGCACGGCAAGGAUUCUGCCGGGCAUCCACUUUUGCCUCAUUACUUUUACAAUCCUUCGGCUGAUCCUGAUACCCAACGAGCGAGCGAUCUUGGCGGCUUGGUGAGGCCAUUAAGGACUGCGGCGAGGGGCGGUCAGGCUAUUGAUUGGAGGCCUGUCGGUAGGAGAAAGAGGGUUUGGUAAGACGCUGUUCCUGCAAGAAGAAAGAACGGAAGGAAAGGGAUAUAUGGCCAUACAUCGCGAUAAUGGGUUGUGAUUAAUGAAGGAUACAAUACGUACGAGUUACUCGAAGCUUGAUGAUGCUUGAUUUUGGUGUUGGUAGAUGAAAUACAAUUAUAUAUACUAGGUUUCUAUUGCGUUCUUUUUUGAUGCUAUAGCAUGCAUUAAGAAACUGUGAUAUCUAUUAUGG